GGAAACCAUUUUUUCCAAGUUGAGAUCUGAUAAACUGUCUCACACAGACAAGCAGACCAUUCUGACUUCAGUCUUUUAUUUGCUCAGGAUAGUUUUUACCAUUUAAAAUUAUUAUUUUUGAUGAGCUUUCAUUUAAAGUCAUACUUUCUGUUGAGAAGCUGAAGACAACACUGGCCAUGUUGUCGGCAGGAGCAGAAUGUGUGAUCAUAGGUUUGUUCCUGUACAUCUGAGGGGUUGGAGCAAACAGCAUCUGUGUCUUAAAAGGUUCAUCAGUGGAUCUACACUGCUCAGCUCAACUUUCCACAUCAAGCAUGAAAUGGUUCACUGUUCGCUGGGAGAACAACAAGAUGGUUCCAGAUCAGAUCGUUGCAGACGGAAAACAUGUGAUCAUAUCUGAAGAGAGCGACUUCACUAUGACGAUCAAUGAUCUGAGAGAGAGUGAUACAAACACUUACUGUUGUGGUGACGUUAAUGACAAACAAACAAAAUGUGAGUGGGGGGAAAUUCAGCUCCUUGUUGCAGACCUGCAGGUGAAGGUGUUUCCUGCCACAGGAGAAAAGACAGUGUCCCUGAUGUGCAGCAGCAGUUGUCCUCUGACUGAAAGACCUGUGGUCUAUAUCUGGUACAAGAACACAGAGUUUCUCUAUGAGGACUUGUCUCCUUGGUAUCAGGAGCUAAUCAGCAGCGAGGAAUCAGUCACAUACUCCUGUGCUGUCAAAGGCUACGAGCAUCUCAGAGCCCCUGAAGUCUCAGUGGAUUCUCUCACAUCAGCCUGCUUCACUGUGACCUAUGCUAAAGGCAGAAUGUGCUCAAAUCAGCAGAGACCAGAAGAUGAGCCAUGCUCCAUCACAUAUCCCAGAGGUGAAGUUUCACAAAUAAUUACACACAAACACACUCCCAACCCCAUAGGUCUAAAUCCUUUAAAUAAUGUUUUCACAAUUUAAAAGAUUUACAGUGUUUCACCAGAGAUCGUUAGUUACCUUACACGUUGAAGCCCGGUCAUACUGAGGUCCUGGUUAGGGACCAUGAGAUAUGAGUUCUGGUUGGGUUAAGGUUAGGCAUGAACUGGUCAAGAAUGGAAACGUGUGUAUGUGUACAAAUUAACUAAAGAAAGCAUGGAUGGAUUUUCACUCAUCAUUACGUGGCAGGGAUUAUCCAGUAACUAUUUGCUCACUCAAGUUAUUAGCCCAUCUUGAUUAACGUGGCAGAGAUGAAGUGGUGAGAAGCAGUUUUUUUUUUAUUCUC